AUGCAUAAUUCAGCGCGGCAGUUUCCUACGAUCAAAGCCAUUCGAUCCUACGUCAUUGGCGGCGUUGGUUCUGGUGGUGAUUACCACAACGUCAAAGGCGGCCACUGGCUGAUCGAUAGCGACAUUUCUACGCCAUGCUCACAAUGGUCUCAGUAUCGCAAAUCGCGAACCAGCUGGGGCAUCAACGUCCUCGGGUCAUUCUUGGUCGAGAUUGAAGCGUCUGAUGGAACUGUUGGUUUUGCAACUGGAUUCGGCGGCCCUCCUGCUUGCUGGCUGGUUCAUCAGCAUUUUGAGCGAUUCUUAGUUGGGGCUGAUCCACGAAAUACGAACCUGCUCUUUGAGCAAAUGUAUCGUGCUUCCAUGUUCUAUGGCCGCAAGGGACUCCCUAUUGCUGUUAUUUCUGUCAUUGAUCUUGCACUCUGGGAUCUGUUAGGCAAGGUCAGGAACGAGCCUGUCUAUCGAUUAAUUGGUGGAGCUACCAAGGAACGCCUCAAUUUCUACUGCACAGGACCUGAGCCAACAGCGGCUAGAGAUAUGGGGUUUUGGGGUGCCAAAGUACCUCUCCCCUUUUGUCCAGAGGAAGGCCACGAGGGGCUGCGUAAGAAUGUGGAGUUUUUGCGCAAACAUCGUGAGUCGGUUGGGCCAGAUUUCCCCAUCAUGGUUGACUGUUAUAUGAGCCUCAACGUGUCAUACACCAUUGAGCUAGUCAAGGCGUGUUCUGAAUUCAACAUCAACUGGUGGGAAGAGUGUUUGUCUCCCGAUGACACUGAUGGCUUUGAGCAAAUCAAGCGCGCACAUCCGACCGUCAAAUUCACGACGGGUGAACACGAAUACUCUCGCUACGGAUUCCGCAAACUCAUAGAAGGUCGCAACCUUGACAUCAUUCAACCCGAUGUCAUGUGGCUGGGCGGCAUGACGGAGCUGCUGAGAGUUUCAGCCAUGGCUGCAGCAUACGAUAUUCCCGUGGUUCCGCAUGCCAGUGGCCCAUACAGCUACCACUUUGUCAUUUCGCAACCAAACACUCCAUUCCAAGAAUACCUCGCCAACUCUCCUGAUGGCAAGAGCGUGCUACCGGUCUUUGGUGACCUAUUCAUAGAUGAGCCCAUUCCCACUAAAGGCUAUCUUCUGACGAGCGAUCUGGAUAAGCCUGGGUUUGGUUUGACAAUCAACCCUGCCGCACGCUCUAAACUGAUUCCCUCAAAUUAUCUUCUUAGCCCUCCGCCUGUGCAGCAGCCCACCUUGGCGGCUACAAACGGUGAGGACAAGGACAAACUAGCCAAUGGCAAUGGCAACCAUGCAGCAACAGCAUGA